GGUUUGCCACCCAGCCGACGCACCGCAUCAGCGAGGAGCGAGACGUUCGCAGCAGGACGCCGCAGUCAGGCGACAACUACUUGCGGUGGUCCGCAAAGCAAAGGUCAAAUUGAUGAAUUAGUGGGCAUUUCCUCACCCUGUGACCUCGCCCGGACAUGGACUUCCCCGACCAGCUCCUGCUGGCCGAGCUGAGUCACUUGCAGCUCUACAACGACUCGCUUUUCCAGCACAAUUUCAGCAGCGCCUACAACGAGACCGACGCCCUGCUGCCGACCGGAGUGAGGGUCACCAUUGUAGUGGUUUACAUGAUCGUUUGUGUCAUCGGCCUGGUGGGGAACUUCCUGGUCAUGUAUGUCAUCAUACGAUACACUAAGAUGAAGACGGCCACCAACAUCUACAUCUUCAACCUGGCUCUGGCUGACUCUUUAUUCCUCGCCACUUUACCAUUCCAGGGCACUGAUGUGUUCCUGGGCUUCUGGCCAUUUGGAAACGCCCUGUGCAAGGCUGUAGUGUCCAUCGACUACUACAACAUGUUCACCAGCACCUUCACGCUGACAGUGAUGAGCAUGGACAGGUAUGUGGCUGUCUGCCACCCCGUCAAAGCUCUGGACAUGAGGACACCUCACAAGGCCAAGGUGGUGAAUAUCUGUGUGUGGGUGUUGGCCUCAGCCUUUGGAGUUCCGGCCAUGGUGAUGGGGAACGUCGAAGAGGAGCAAGAGCAUAACAGCGUUGAAUGCAUCGUUGUCCUACCGGAGCCACGUAGUCACUGGGAUCCAGUUUUCGGCACUUGUGUCUUCCUCUUCUCCUUCCUUAUCCCCGUGGCAAUCAUCAGUGUCUGCUACAGCCUGAUGGUCAAGCGCCUACGCAGCGUUCGCAUCCUGUCAGGCUCAAAGGAGAAGGACCGCAACCUGCGGCGCAUCACCAGGAUGGUUCUGGUGGUGGUGGCGGUGUUUGUGGUGUGCUGGACCCCCAUCCAGAUCAUGGUCUUGGCCCAGUCGCUGGGCUUCAACCUGAGCAGCUUGUCCACGUUGGUCCUGAUGCAUUUCUGCAUUGCUCUGGGCUACGUUAACAGUAGUCUCAACCCCGUGCUCUACGCCUUCCUUGAUGAGAACUUCAAGCGCUGCUUCCGGGAGUUCUGCCAACCUUCGCCAUUCCGUCUUGACACCCAGCAGUCGGGCCGGAUGAGGAGCAUCGCCCGGGAGGUGGCGGCCGCCUACAGCUGUAAGGCCGAUGGGGGUGGGCCCGGUGGAGGGACUCCCAAUCCUGCGUGACUAGGCGUGGAGCUGCCUUUGGUGGGGGUAGACCACCCAAAGAGGGGAGAGACACCAGGGACAGGGAACUCCAACACAGAACUGACUCAGAUUACAGCUCUCUAGCGGCACGAGCCCCCCCGCCCCCCAACUAUACGAUUGGCCUGGGGUGGAGGGGAGUCUGAUGAGGAUGAUGGUCCAGAAGGGAAAAGAAUCUGAGAACACAUCAAGUUGGACAGAUUGUCUGACUGGGAAAAAGGGUUAGGGUUGAUUAAAAACAAGAAUCAAAUCAACUGUAUGGCAGACAAUUGGAUGGUAUAUGGUGCUACAUUUGAGAGUGGUUACAUCCUGGUUCUUGGAAUGCUCCAUAACUUUAGGAAGAUGACCUUUACGUGUCUGGGGAUAAACCCCAUUGAGGGUUUAUUUUUAAAACCAAUUCCCUUGCUCACAAGACUCACUGAUUGCAUAUCAGUUAGAGAGACAAAGACUGGACCUGUAUGGAGAUGAUGUUCAAACCACUAAUUUGGUGCUUUUAAGGAGAUUCUAUAUCAACAGUGGUGGUGAAAGGACCACACACAGAAUCAUUUUGGGCUUGUGAAAGGAAGGAUAAACAGCCCGAUAGGGUACAUAGAUCCCCUUUCUUAAAUCACUAAUGGGUCCACCAGAGUCAUGUGACCAAGCGUUGAAUGAAGAUUUUAAGUUGGUCGUAACGUGUACUAUGUGUAUAUAUACGACACAAGAUUUGUUGUCUCAAAACCUGUAAAGGGUCUUAUGAAU